UUAUUGUGUUGAGUAGGUCUUUUUUGAACACACUUAUCCACGCAUACGCAAAAGAGCAAAAUAGCCAUGCUCUCUCUUUCGAUAAAAUUUGCCCUAACUCUGGCUUUUGCAAAAUGUGGUUACGCCGUGAAGUAUCCUCCCGGGUGGAAUGCGCCAAACUUACGGAGUUUACAAGAGAUGUUGAACACUGGAGAAAAAAUCUGGCUGACAAAGCGCACCUACAAUGUGGACAGGAUUGAUUGUAUCUACUGGGAGAAGAUUGCACUUAACAAGACCGAUUACGACUACUUUUACUGGUACCGAAUGAACCCUACAGGGCGUGACUGGACUAAACAAGGAUCGGGAAGAGGGAAAUCACGUUAUCAUGCCAAGUUGUCCUACGUAGGUCGUUGGCCAACAAUGAAAAUCAGACUCCAUGUAGAAAAAGAACACAAAGCGAAACCUUAUCGACUCUUGUUUUGGUCACCAAACGAAAAAUGCUUUAUAUUGGAGCGCCCACAAGGCGAUUGUGAGCAACACACCUGGCAUUCAUGA